GAGACAUGCAAACCGACGGCCCUGGAUGUGCACGACCGCGAGCAGGACAGAUAGGCACACAUUUUGAACACGGAGAUUCUCCGUGACUGGCUUUUUCCGACUACACGAGUCUUUUCAAAGGCCUAUCGAUACUGAACGCCCCCAAUGUCUACCUUUGACCACAAUAUUGCCACUACUAGUGAAUCUUCCUCAUCAACCGUGACCUCCUCACCUGUUUUCGGCUAUGCAUCCGAUCGAACAGACCAUUUACGCGCAGGGGUGGUGGUUAGCACGACCACUAUCUUCCCAAGUACUUCUCCUACAACUACGCUUGUGUUUGGGGAACCUCCAGCUCCGGUUCCAAUAGGUGCCAUUGUGGGAGGGACGAUAGCCGGGGUGGUUCUGGCCGUGGGUGUGGUCGUAACAUGGGUGUGGUGGGGGCGUUGCAUCAAACGUGAAAAACACAAGGAGAAACGAGAACUGCUUCGUGUCCUUGAGGUCAGGGAGAACACUCGAAGAAAUGCGUCUACAUCCGGGACGGGGGCACCCUUGGGCCAUUCUCCGGCUUCAACUCUGAGCAAGCAGAAGAGGACUGUCAAGUUUGGGGACGAGCCUCCUCCUUUGCCGAGUCCAAAGCCUUCUACAUCCGGUGACGCAACUAUCACUUCUCGUACGAAAACGCCCACUAGUACUACCGCUAGCAGCAGUCUGACGACUCCCUAUGCCCCUCCCAAACCGAGCCCUUUGGCUCGGGCGCUGUCUACCUCGAGUACGAAGACCUCACCACCGGACACGACCAUAACUCCUCUGCCUCCAAAACCCGUAACACGAAUACACCUGCCUAUCGUCGACUCACGACCUGUGAGCUCAACAUUAAGUUCAAAUUCUUUCUACUCGAUACAAAGUAUGGACGAGCCCCAGCCUCGAAUCCCAUCCGGCCUCAUAAAUGCUGCGCUCUCACCUCCAGAACCGAGCAAGAAGUUCUCCUUUCUAAAUUAUCUCCCACCUUCGAGGUUAGCAGUAAAUCCAGACGAGACCAGUCGGUUAUCUCAAGUCAGCUCAGGCUCAGAGAUGUCACGGCCAGAUAGUAUGUCUGGAGUUGGACAUGCUUCAUGAUACCUUUAUGGACCUUACUGACGACCUUUUGCGUCAUAUGGACAUGAUUGUGACGUGAUAACGGACUUUGUGUUAUACCACGAAUCUGUACAGUAUAUAGGUGUUUCUUGAGUUACACCGUGUUGCAGCGUAUUGUGUAGUUUCUUUGAGCUUCCGUCGGUUGCGCACCACCUGCUGGUCUAUGAGUAGCAUACUUUUGAUGUAGCCGACAUGAUGCAGACGAUAGUAUGUUCUAUACUUCUAUCGUAGAGAAUGAACGUAAUGCUAGGUUCAAAUAUUUUCAGG